AUGUCCGCUCCAUCUCCAAACGAGCCCGCAAAGUCGAGCAACCCGCUCAAGCGAGUUGACAACGAAGGCCACGACUUGCCUCCCUCCCCCGCGCCCUCGAGCCCCCGCAACGGUCGUCGGCGCUACGCCCUUGCCACGGAACUCGUCUAUACUGAUAGCAAGGACCAGUAUGGCGCCUCCAGCGUCCCUAUCUACCAGUCUGCCACCUUUAAGCAGAGCUCUGCCAAUGGCGGCCAGCAGGAAUACGACUAUACGCGCUCCGGAAACCCUACUCGCACUCACCUCGAGCGACACCUAGCCAAGAUUAUGAACGCCUCUCGGGCUCUCGCCAUCAGCUCCGGCAUGGGCGCUCUCGAUGUUAUUACCCGCCUGCUUCGUCCUGGAGACGAGGUCAUUACCGGCGACGAUCUUUAUGGUGGCAGCCACCGUCUUCUCACUUACUUGGCUGCCAACCAGGGCAUUAUUGUUCACCACGUCGACACCACCACCGUUGAUAGCGUGCGAGCACGCAUUUCAGAGAAGACCGCCAUGGUUCUGCUCGAGACCCCUACCAACCCCCUGAUCAAAGUUGUCGAUAUCCCGUCCAUUGCCCGUUUGGCUCACGAGGUCAACCCCAAGGCCCUGGUCGUUGUCGAUAACACCAUGCUCUCGCCUAUGCUCUUCAACCCCCUCGACGUUGGCGCCGACAUUGUCUACGAGUCCGGAACCAAGUACCUGUCGGGCCAUCACGACAUCAUGGCUGGCGUGAUUGCCAUGAAUGACACCCAGAUCGGGGAUAAGCUUUUCUUCGUCAUUAACUCGACUGGCUGCGGUCUGUCACCCAAUGAUUCGUUCCUCCUCAUGCGGGGCGUCAAGACUCUGGCUAUUCGAAUGGAGAAGCAGCAAUCCAACGCUCAAGCCAUUGCCGAGUUCCUCGAGUCUCGUGGAUUCCGAGUCCGAUACCCUGGCCUCAAGUCUCACCCCCAGUAUGACCUGCAUUGGUCUAUGGCCCGCGGUGCUGGUGCUGUUCUCUCUUUUGAGACUGGUGAUCCCGCUGUUUCGGAGCGCAUCGUGGAAGCUGCCCGACUCUGGGCCAUCAGCGUCAGCUUUGGCUGUGUCAACAGCUUGAUCAGCAUGCCUUGCCAGAUGAGCCAUGCCAGUAUCGAUGCCAAGACACGAGCAGAGCGACAGAUGCCGGAGGAUAUUAUCCGACUGUGCGUCGGAAUUGAGGAUGUUAACGAUCUUAUUGAGGACCUUUCCCGCGCUCUCGUCCAAGCCGGCGCUGUGACUGUGACUAUGGAUGGUUUCCACGCAGCCGGAGCUGCCAAGGAGCUGGGAGAGACUCCCCUCACCAUUCGAUGA